GCGAGUGUGCACAAACCGGGUGUAACGUGGGAGGGAAGGACAGGCUUGAAUAACAGCAGUCAACCAGGAAGCUUCUCACCUGAACUGAAACUAUCUGUGUUGAAGAAAGACAACAGCAGUUUUAAAUACAUUAGCUGCACAAAUCUGGGUGAGAGAGAGUGGUGAUCUGCCAAAAGGUCAUGUCAUCGCUAAGACAUUGGAUUUUUGGAACAAUAGUAUCUUUAUGCUGUUUGACUGUACAUGGUAGAGAGGAGUGCGAACCUGGAAAGUAUGGAGAUGGUUGUAGUCGAAAUUGUUCUCAAGGCUGUAAAGCUUUUCCAAAUAACGAAGUGCUCUGUCACAAGGAAACUGGAACAUGUUUCGAAGGAUGCAAUGCGGGAGUGUACGGUGACCGGUGUGAUCAACAGUGCAGCAGAAAUUGCAAAGAAUACACCUGUAUCCAGCAAAAUGGACACUGCGUUUUGGGCUGUAUAGAAAAUCACAUCGGCGACUUCUGUGAGACUUACCAACAGACUACUGUCGUGCAUCAAGGUACUACCUACAGCAGUCACACAACCGUUUCCACAGGUGUGGCACCGACAAGCAGUUCCCAGGUCGUCAUUCCAGUUGUUGUAACAGUACUUGUCCUUAUCCUUAUCCUUGUGGGCGCAGGGGUUAUCUUCAUAUGGCGCAGAAAGAAGGAGAGGAAGAAAAGGGCACGUGACUCCGAGGUUAGGCAGAGUUGUCUCGAAGUUGCCUCCCAAGAGCGUCGCCAUCUUCACAAGAGACUAUUCAUCGUGCUGUCUACUAAGGCUGAGUUCUUUCGGACAUCCUUCUGGAUGCGCUACUAUACUGAGGGCGUAUGCUUUUGCUGGAAUUACAUCCCCGACCCAAUUCAUAUGAGACCCGGGCAUUAGCCUCUACGAUGGCUUUACACAACAACUGCUCCUUGACGGCCAUCA